AUGGGAGUGAAGUGGCUCGUGCCGCCUUGUCCCAUGGGAGCGGUACUCAUGACCAUCAGGGCGGUCCCAGACUCCCCGCGGUGGGACCUGCAGGCCGCGGGAGAUUACAACCCCAUGCACAGCCACAUCAGCUGGAGGAGCUCUAGUGCGCCCCCAGCGUCUCCUGUGAACACUAUCAAUGACUUCUGGCACUCGGAAGUCUUGCAGUCUGGGCUACUCUCGGGUACCUGGUUACCCUCUUCGCCCAGGGGAAAGUCCCCGGACACGCGGUCGAAAGUGCUCCGGCUGAAGCCGGUGUUGACUGGAGCCUCGUCAGUAUCAGCGGAGACGCUCUGGGAGCGGAGCGGAGCUGGGCGUUCUCCAGUCAACUUUGUCAGCGCAGGAAGUUACAUCAUGGAUACAUUCAAUAUUCAAGUGUGCUUAUUGCCCUCCCCUGUCCCCUCUGGACACUACAUGCACUGGACAGGACAGUCCCGGACAAACUUAACUCUGGGACCAGACCUCAAAGCAUCAGGGCAGCAGCUUUUCACACAAACAUGA